AUGGUCAAACAGAGGAACACAGAGAAAGAGAAAUCAGCCAGUGUUGAUCUCUUCACUGAUCUGAUCCGCUCCAUUGAGAGAUGUCAGUCUGAGCUGCUGAAGAUGAUGGAGAAACAGCAGAAAGCAGCAGAGAAACAGGCUGAAGAUCUCAUUAAAGAGCUGCAGCAGGAAAUCACUGAUCUGAAGAGGAGAAACACUGAGCUGGAGCAGCUCUCACACACUGAUGAUCAUCUGCACCUCAUACAGAUGUUCUCAUCCCUGUGCAGUCGUCCACACACCAAGAACUGGACUGAGAUCAGUAUUGACUCUGAUGUGGAUGUGUAUUUAAUGAAUAAACCUCUGAUUCAACUGGAGAAAACUCUAAAUGGGAGUCUGAAUAAAAAAAUUGGUCAAACUGGGUUAAAGUGUGUACAGACGUUUGCAGUGGAUGUGACUCUGGAUCCUGAUACAGCGCAUCCAUCUCUCAUACUGUCUGAUGAUGGAAAACAAGUCAGUAAAGGAGACAUUAAGCAGGACGUCCCAGAAAACCCAAAGAGAUUUGAUGUCUGUGUUUGUGUUCUGGCAAAGCAGGGAUUCAGUUCAGGGAGAUUUUACUAUGAGGUGCAGGUGAAGGGAAAGACUGAGUGGGAUUUAGGAGUGGCCAGAGAAUCUGUUAACAGGAAUGGGCAGAUUGAACUGAGUCCUGAUGAUGGAUUCUGGACUGUGAUUAUGAGGAAUGAGAAUCAAUAUAAUGCAUGUGAAAAUUCACUUGUCUCUUUAUCUCUGAGAGUGAAUCCUGAAAUUGUGGGAGUGUUUGUGGAUUAUGAGGAGGGUCUGGUCUCUUUUUAUGACGUGGGCUCCAGAUCUCAUAUCUACUCUUUCAUUGGUCAGACUUUCACUGACAAACUCUAUCCAUAUUUUAGCCCAGGCCUUAAUGAUGAAGGUAAAAACUCAAAACCACUGAUCAUCACACCUGUUAACAAAUAAACUGCCCUGAAAUAUGA